AGCAUUCCAGCCUGUGGCAUGCCUGGAGGGUCACUGUUGGGACAGCAGUUUGCUCAGAGAAGAAGUAUGGAGCCCUUAACUCGUACUGAGGUGUUCGGACAGCUCAGAAAGGAGCUAUAUGGAGACAAGGAGUGGAGUUAUUCCAGCGCACACCUAUUUAUCAUCCUGGGAGCAUCUGGAGAUCUCGCUAAAAAGAAAAUCUAUCCAACAUUGUGGUGCUUAUUCAGAGAUGGCCUGCUCCCAGAAGAUAUCCAUAUUGUGGGUUUUGCCCGGUCUAAACUGACCAUGGAGAACAUUAAGGCAGCAUGUCUGCCAUACAUGAAGGUUGCAGAUGAAGAACUUGAUAGUUUAUCAGCCUUCUUCCAAAGGAACUCCUAUCUGAGUGGUCAGUAUGAUGAUGGCAGCUGCUUCCAACAACUCAACAGUCACCUGUUAUCUCUGCCUGGAGGAGAAAAUGCCAACCGGCUCUUCUACCUGGCACUGCCCCCCACUGUUUACCACCAUGUCAGCACAAACAUCAGAAACCACUGCAUGAGUUGCAAAGGUUGGAACAGGGUGAUCUUUGAGAAGCCAUUCGGUCGUGACCUGCAGAACUCCCAGGAGCUAUCAGCCCACCUGUCUUCCCUGUUCAAAGAAGACCAGAUCUACCGCAUAGAUCACUACCUGGGAAAAGAGAUGGUCCAAAACCUCAUGGUUCUCAGGUUUGGAAAUCGCAUUUUUGGACCCAUAUGGAACAGGAACAGUGUGGCCUGCGUCGUUCUCACUUUCAAGGAUCCUUAUGGAACUCAGGGCCGAGGAGGAUAUUUUAAUGACUUCGGGAUAAUUAGAGAUGUCAUGCAGAACCACCUGCUUCAGAUGCUCUGUUUGAUUGCCAUGGAAAAACCUGCAUCCAUCAGCCCAGACGAUGUGAGGAAUGAGAAGGUGAAGGUACUGAAACGCAUAGCUGCUCCAGAUGUGUCAGAUGUGGUGCUUGGUCAGUAUGUUGGAGAUCCAAACGGGGAGGGAGACUCCAAGCUUGGGUAUCUCGAUGAUCCCACAGUACCAGAAGGCUCCAGCACACCAACGUUUGCAACUGCAGUGCUCUAUGUCCGGAAUGAAAGAUGGGAUGGGGUUCCUUUCAUUCUGCGCUGUGGUAAAGCCCUGAAUGAGCUGAAAGCGGAGGUGCGCCUGCAGUUCACAGAUGUCCCGGGAAACAUCUUUGCUGAACGUUGUCAGAGGAAUGAGUUGGUGGUCCGGGUUCAGCCUGACGAGGCUAUUUACCUAAAGAUGAUGACCAAGAGACCUGGAGUUUUCUUCAGCCCAGAAGAGACUGAGCUGGACCUCACUUAUAAGAGCAGAUACAAGAAUGUUAAACUGCCUGAUGCUUAUGAAAGACUGAUUCUGGAUGUCUUCUGUGGAAAUCAGAUGCACUUUGUCCGCAGUGACGAGUUACGAGAAGCAUGGAGGAUCUUUACACCACUUCUCCGACAAAUGGAGGAUGUAAAGAAGUAUCCCAUUCCUUACACUUAUGGGAGUCGUGGUCCAAGUGAAUCAGACGAGCUUAUGCAGAGGGUGGGCUUCCGUUACGAAGGAACAUACAAUAAUCACCAAAAUGCAAUGAUGCAACUUGUGAUUUACGUAAAGCCACACCACCUAGCUGAUACAGUAUACCAGGAGGACUUGUUGGACUGGUUAGUCUGGGAGAUGGCGCCUCUCCCAAUAACCGUCCACAUGGACAAACAUUUGUCAUUUCUACAAACAACUUGUUGCUGUGUACCCUAAAUGGAACUACUGUACACGCCUGCACAGAUCAGAACCUACAGGGAUCUUUCCUGGGAUUCAGAAAGUUGUGGGAAGAACAAUAUCGGUGGACAUGUGUUCAAAUAAGCAAGUCUACUGCGCUUGGUUUACUACAGUAGUAAAAUUGUAGCUGUUUGGUUAGUUGAUGAGUCAAUGUGUAGUCUAGUAAGAAACUCAUCUAUCUCCUUUAUGAUCUGAAUCUGUUGCUGUUUUGAUUCACACUAAUAAAGAAAUGUUAAAAUA